AUGGCCUCCUCGCCGCCGCGCGCCCCGCGGCGCUUCCUUUUCGACCUCAACGUCGCGCAGGAGGAGGUCGAAGAGGAGGAGCCCAUGGAGGUGCUUGAGGAGGAGGGGGCCCCGGUGGCGCAGCCCGAGGAGGCUGUCGUCGAGGAGGUCGCUGAGCAGUUGGUCGAGCACGCGGUGCCUACCGUGGAGGAGGAGGAGCCUGUGGAGGAGGUGAUCAUGGAGGAGGAGCCUUCGGAGGAGGUGAUCAUGGAGGAGGAGGAGGAGGAGGAGGAGGAGGAGCCUGCUCCGGCGCCGGCGGGGGAGGUGAUUGGGGAGGGGAAGGGGAGGAAAAAGAGGAUAGACUACGAGGUCUUCGUGUCCGGGCUGCCGCAGGACGCCGCUGAGGAGGACGUGGCGAAGGCGCUGGCGGAGGCCGGAGAUGUUGAGGAGGUGCGCCUCGUGCGGGAUCCAGCGGACCAGCGGCUCAAAGGAUUCGCUUUUGUCCGCUUCGCCGCCGCCUGGCAGGCGCGGUGGGCGGCCAACGACCUCCGCGAGGCUGCGAUUAAGGGAAAAGCUUGUGGAAUAUGCAAGAACAGUGAAAACGAGACUCUUCAUGUCCGAAAUAUAUGCUUUGAUUGGUCAAAGGAUGAUUUAGCUGAGAAACUGGAACCUUUCAAGUUGGAAAACUUGGAUAGAAUUAAUCUAAUUGAGCACCCAGAAAAAAAGGGUAAAAACAGAGGCUAUGCGUUUCUUGACUUCAGGACUCAUGUAGAUGCUGUGGCGGCUUUUGUGAAACUACAGAAAAGAGAUCUGUAUCUUGGAACUGAUUUUAGAGCGCACAUAUCAUUUUCAAACACUCUUUCACAAGACGAUGAGAUCAUGGAAAAGGUGAAAUCUGUUUUCUUGGAUGGCUUACCACCUCAUUGGGAUGAAGACAAAGUGAGAGAAAUGUUCGGGAAAUUUGGUGAAAUUGAUAGCAUACAACUCGCUAGAAAUAUGUUCACAGCAAAACGAAAAGAUUUUGGUUUCAUUGGCUUUACAACAAGACAGUCAGCUUUAGACUGCAUUAAGAUGGUCAAUAAAGAUGGUGUUGGCGAAGGUAGUGGAAAGGUUCUCAUAAAAGCUAGUUUGCAAAGGCCAAGGCAUGCUUUCAAAAAGAAUUCCUGGCAAGGCUCUAGUUCCUUGUUAGGCGUCAGAAGAGGAUUUGUAGAAAAAAGUUAUAGUGGUAGAGGACACCACUCAGACAGAUAUAGGCAUUAUAGUCCUGAAAGGUGUUCGUAUUCAGAUAAUCAUUCUCGCCGUCACCGCUCUAUUGAUGUUGAAGAAAGGCAUACUUCUGUGCGAGGAUACAGAGCUUACUAUAGAAGGGAUUCUCCAGUGCAUGCCCCAAACUAUAAAUAUGGAAGAAUCAGGGAAGAAUAUGCUGAGAGACGAUACACUAGUAAAUAUCCAAAACACAGGCAAGCAAUGCAUGAAACCAUGGAGCAGGAUGCAUACCGCAGGAACAAAUAUGGACAUUCAUACCAGGAGAGGGCACAUAGAACUUGCCCUUGCCCAGAAUGUAACUUGAGUGGUCAAAAUUGCAAUUACCCCAAUGGUGAGGAAUUUUCUGCAAUCAGCGGUUGUGAGCAGGCAUACUACAAGACAGACCGUGAUCUGACGCCUUCAACUUCUCAAGUAGCAUCUCAUUGUGAGGAUUCUUGCUGCAAGGGCCAGCAGUUGAUGCCUAAAAGUUCUUCUGUGAUGUGUGAUUGUGAUGAAUGCUAUAUUAAUCAAGAGUCAACACCUAGUCCAAGUGAGCAUGCCAGAACAAGAUCCAAUCUUCCAGUGCCCCUUCAUCAUCGGCUUGGCAAACAUUCUAAUGAGCAUGGGAGGCAUGUGGAUGAUGCACAUUCUGCUUUUGAGGUGGAGUACACUGUGAGGGAAAGCCGAAGCCGGUGGGACUUCCUUGUACGAUUCUUCACCUAUGGAUGUGAACUUCAACUUGGUACAUAUACUAAAGAUGUUAGAAUGGAUGAUAGAUUUGAAGGCCUAGACAACGUUGGUGAGUUCUCUAUCAAGCUUGCUGACACAAAGAAAUAUGAACUUUAUGGUUGGGUGUUCUUAAUCCUUAAAUUGACACUGAUCUUACCGGUGGUGAUAACAAGUGUUGAAAGAGUAUUCUCCGCAUCAUGUCUAGUGAAGAAUAAGCUUCUUACACAGUGUUUCGAGGAAACUGUGGCUUGA